CACGACGUCAUCGGUGUUUUUGCAGCUCCAGAGCAUAGUCUGACUGUCUGAGCUAGAGAAAAAGACCAUUUACAUGGCUGAGGGUGUGGACCUGAGUAGGAAGUUUGUGUCUGAGUCAGAACUCGAUGAGAGAAGAAAAAAAAGACAAGAGGAAUGGGAGAAAGUGCGAAAACCUGAUGACCCAGAAGAGGCACCAGAGGAGGUGUAUGACCCUCGAUCUCUGUUUGAACGGCUACAGGAGCAGAAAGACAAGAAACAAGAGGAAUUUGAGGAGCAGUUCAAAUUUAAGAACAUGGUGAGGGGAUUGGACGAGGACGAGACCAGCUUCCUGGACGAGGUCUCCCGGCAACAGAGCCUUGUCGAGAAGCGACGGAGGGAUGAAGAGAAGCUAGAACUGCAGGAAUACAGAAGUGCUAUUGCAAAACAUACAGCAGUUGAAAACCGCAGAGAACCUGAAAAGAAGACAACAUCUAAACAAUCUGUAGGAGAGCAGCGAACCAGCCACUUGUCCCAGGCCCAUUUACUGGCAGGAGCUGUCAAGAGGCGCAGUUCCUCACAGUCAUCAGACAGUAGUAAAAAACAGAAGGUGGAAAAUGCAAGUUCAACAACAGCAGGGAUGGGAGACGCACACACAGAGCAGGAGCGAGGAGCACCUGUAGAAGCUGGAGGAGCUGAGCGGCCACGAGGACCCACAUCCAGAGCCCCCUCCGCCCCCCAGGGAGCCACCCGGGGCGUGGUGCACCUGCCCUCUGCUGCUGUCUGCGUGGGUGUUCUACCUGGGCUCUGCAAUUACUCCGGCAGCAGUGACUCUGACAGCAGCUCGGACAGCGAAGGUAGCGUGGAUAUAAUCAUGUCUCCGUACCCCCGGCAAACCAGGGCAUACAGAUAGAUGCAUAGAAUAACUGUUCAGUACAUAUUCACAUAUUAUAUUGUGACUGUUAUUGUUUGCUCCCAGUGAAAUCUUCCUAUAACAAGCUGUGACGUGAAUUGACUUAAUAUCCAAACUGAACCUGUGCUUUUUCUAUUUGUGCUUUUUUGAUUGUGGCACUCAAACGUGACGCCUCCACCCAUCCACCUCCAUCCUUCCCUCAAUCACAUGCGUUGCAGUUUAAGCCGGCAGCCUAUCCCGCGCUGUCUAUCCUGACGACUGCCCGCCCCUUCCCUUCCAUCUCCCUCUCCUCGUCCCACCCUGAGCCGCAGUGGCCGUAGGCUGUACUAUUGCCUGAGCAAUGUGAUUGACAGCUAUGGCGCAUUGGAGGAGACUGCUUACACUGUCAUGCGUCUUUUUAGGAGAGGAGAGCAAGCCCUGACAGGAUACCACCCCUGUACCUCCCAGAAACCUGUGAAAAGUGCUGGUUGUCUGACUUGUCAGUGAUUGAAAGAUGUUCAAUCGUGUGCUGCUCUGCUUUUUCAUCGGAGCUGGUGAAUAAAGUACUUUACCUCAAUCU